CCGCAAUUUGAGUGAUACGUGUCAUCCCGUAUGCCGGCCGGCAUAGUCGUUAUCCCCUCGGCCGUCCACGAGCCGCGCCCCUCCAUUUUUCCCUCCCUCCCACUGCUGCUAGCCUUUUGUGCUUGGCUACGCUACACUCACCAACUCCGCCUCCAAGAACUGGGUCCGCCACUCCACCGAUGAGCAGCUCCGAUCCGAUCGACCACAUGUCGGUCAGCGAGCGGCUGGCGCGGCUGGCGACGCCGUCGGCCCCGGCGGAGGACGACGUGGACGUGGACGUGGAUGCUGACGGCGACGGUGCGACCUUCCGGGACAUCCACCCGUCGCCGGCGCCGGCGCCGCUGCGGCAGCCCUCCUGGGACGUGGCGAGCCAGCGCUCGCUGUCGUCCUACUCCGAGGAGCAGUUCAUGUCCAGCAGCAUGGGCCGCGAGUUCACGGCCAUGGUGGACGCGGGGGGCGCUUCGGCCGACCCUUGCCUCGGCCGGGACUCCGGCGCCGGGAACAACGACCUGCAGCUGGCGCGGAUCGGUGAGCACGAGCCCGUGCCGGAGACGGAGACGAACCCGCUGGCCAUCGUGGCGGACACCGGCCGUGCGCUGCCACCGGCGCCGGCGCAGUCGUCGUCCUCGUGCGCGGCGCCGGAGAGGGCGCAGGAGGUGGUGGAGGUGCGGCAGGUGAAGAAGGAGGAGGCGGAGGCGAAGGUGGCGGCGUGGCAGGCGGAGGAGGUGGCCAAGAUCAACAACAAGUUUAAGCGGGAGGAGGUGGUGAUCAACGGGUGGGAGAACCAGCAGAUCCACACGGCCACCGCCUACCUCAGCAAGAUCGAGAGGAAGCUGGAGGAGGAGCGCGCCAAGGCGACGGAGAAGGCGCAGAACGAGGUGGCGCGGGCGCGGCGGAAGGCGGAGGAGAAGCGGGCGUCGGCGGAGGCGGCGCGCGGGACCAAGACGGCCAGGGUCAUGGACCUCGCCAACUUCAUGAAGGCCGUCGGCAGGCUGCCCACCAAGCGAUCCUUCUUCUCCUUCUCCUCCUCCUAAGACUACAUCUACAUGGUCGUCGUCUUCUUCAACAACCAUCAAUAUCCUGUGUUUGAUCAACAUCGAUCUGUAUUAUUGAUUGAAUCCAGGGAUGUAACUGUACAGAGUUUAAAACAUUUGCUGGCUUGUAUGGCUGUAUAUUAUUCAAAACAUUUCGAGACUUAA